AUGUCAGGCACUGAGGCUGAGUUUAAAUACUGCAGUCGGGACUUCCUCUUCACUUGUGUGGGCCUGUUAUUGUUCCUGCUCGAUAUCGGGUUGGAUAUGUUGGCUGCCGUGUCCCUCUACCACGAAAAAGCCUAUGUGUACUUCAGCCUCCUGCUGCUGUUCCUCUUUGGCUCCUCGGUGCUGGUUCAGGUGUACAGCUGGCUCUGGUACAGCUACGAUGAGUUUAAGAUGAAGACAAAGAUCGAGAAGGUGCCGAGCAUGAGCCAGCUCAAGGUGCUGCAUGUUUUCCAGCUGGGAAUCUUCUUAAGGUAUGCAGGAGUCAUGGAGAAGUCUGUACAGAGUUUGUAUAAAAAGCGCGCUGAUGCUGAGGGCGUAGCCAAGUUCCUGCGGCAGGAUCUGCGCAUUUUACGCUUCGUUGAGACGUUUUCAGAGAGCGCGCCACAGCUCGCACUCAUGCUCACCAUCAUUCUGCGAGAGGGCCGGCUGGAUCCUGUGACAGUGCUGAAGGCCGUCGGCUCAACUUUAGCAAUCGCCUCCUUUUUGACCACCUACCAUCACUCGGUGCGCUCCUUCCUGUGCGAGAAGGAAAAACAUCACAUAAUCUCUUUGGUUUUAUACUUCUCCUGGAACCUGCUGCUCAUCUCGUCUCGCCUCGCCGCCCUCGCUCUGUUUGCCUCCGUGCUGCCCUGCUUCAUCUUCACCCACUUCAUCUGCUCCUGGCUGGUUUUAUUCUUCUUUGCUUGGCGAUCCAAGACGGACUUCAUGGAUGGUCCUGGUGGAGAAUGGCUGUAUCGAGCCACUGUGGGCCUCAUUUGGUAUUUUGACUGGUUUAAUGUGACUGAGGGGAACACGAGGAACAGGACUGUGCUCUAUCACGGGUUCAUGCUGGCUGAUAUCUCCGUCCUCUGUGGUGUGUGGUGCUGGAGGAUGAGCACAGAUCCUCCUGAAUUUGUGGUACAACCCUUGCAUGCUUUAAUUACAGCUGUGUGUGUUGCUGGAGUUUACGUUCUCGGUCUGUUACUUAAAGUUAUUUAUUAUAAGUGCUUCCAUCCAAACCUUGACGGAGACCAGCUGAAAGGGGCCAGCACAGAGCAGCAACCUGAGUAUGAGCUGACAGGACAAAACAAAGAGGAGCACCCUGAAGAUGGGGUGGGAGUUCAUAGGUCAGUAACCCCACCAGCACACUGCCAUAAAAGAAUGAGGAAGCUGGCCCUGAACUUCUACUCCUGAUGUGCACUUGACAUCCACAGGACGUGGAAACUGAGUCAUGCAGAAUUUAUUAAUGCAGGUCACGGGGCCAUGUGGGA